UUUUCAGCAUAAUCCAUCAACUGAUCAUCUCCCUCUUGUACCAUCUCGGAGGGAAUCAGCUCGAAAUGCGAAGGAAACCGUCUAUCACCGAUUAUUCUUCGUAAUGAAAGCUCAGCUAUACGUAUCUGUGCUCCUUGCUCUUCUUGUCUCCUCAACUGCAAAAAAAUCAAAAACGAAAUCAUGCAAAAGAACGGCAUUCAGUCGACAUACAACAAAUUAUCAAGCAUGGAGAGAACAAAUGACUGUUUGUGAUUUACUUCAAGAUUAUGAUGCAGCUGUACGACCAUCUGGAAGAACACCUUAUAAUGAUACAAGAGGUGCUGUAAUGGUUACAACAAGUCUCAAUAUUCGAUCAAUAUCUGCGGUUUCGGAAAAAAAUAUGGAAUUUGUUGCCCAGUUUCGAUUUCGACAGGAAUGGUAUGAUGAUCGUCUAAGAUUCAUCGAACAUCAGGGACUUUUGUCAUCGGAUUAUAGGAAUUUCGAAUUUAUCCACGUGGCAAGGGAUCAAUCCUUGUGGAUUCCAGAUACAUUCUUUCAAAAUGAGAAAAAUGGAUGGUAUCAUAUGUUGAAUCAGGAGAAUAGGUUUUUGAAAAUUCGAUCAGACGGAAAACUUAUAUACGAUAGAAGGUUAACUCUUCAUUUGGCAUGUUCAAUGCAUCUUUCACGGUAUCCAAUGGAUCAUCAGAAUUGUGAGAUUGCAUUUGCAUCUUAUGCUUACACAACAGCUGACAUUGAAUACAUUUGGGAUGUUCCUGCAAUUCAAAUCCACGAGGGAGCAAACGGAGCUCUUCCGAACUUUGAGAUCGCAUCAUUCAAAAAUGCUUCAUGCACAUCAAAAACCAAUACAGGAACUUACUCGUGCCUAAAAGUUGAGAUCCGUCUUAAUCGUGUCUUCUCAUUCUUUCUACUUCAACUCUAUAUUCCAUCUUCUAUGCUUGUUGGAGUUGCGUGGGUCUCUUAUUGGAUUGACUGGAAAUCAACAGCUGCACGUGUUCCAUUAGCAAUUGUUACUCUUCUUACAAUGAUUACAACUUCUCAUGCAAUUAAUUCAAAUCUACCGCCAGUUAGUUAUGCAAAAUCAAUUGAUAUCUGGGUUGGAGCAUGUGUUGUGUUCAUUUUUUUCUCAUUGAUUGAGUACGCUGUCGUCAAUUAUGUGGGAAUUCUGGAUGAGCACAGACAAAUGAAAAAAGCAGCAUGUAAUCGAUCUCGUCUUUCGAAUGUAAUUGAAAAUGAUAAUUUUGGAGAAUCCUUACAGUCAUUGACUUUCAGUCCACAAGAGAAGAAACGUCUGAUCCGCCGACGUCCAAAAAAAAAUAUGGAGAUGCAAGAAGGAGAUUUUGAAGCAAUUGAAAUGGUUGAUAGAGGUCCCCCACGAAGUGCUGGAUUAAUGGAAGAAGGAUGGACAUUUCAUGAUACAACUGAUUUAGUUUAUAUUGGACAACGAAAACGGGUUGAACUUGUCCGUUGGUGCAGUGUUCUGUCAUCACGUGGACGAGCUGAACGUAUUGAUAUCAUCGCUAGAAUAAUCUUCCCUUUAGCAUUCAUUCUUUUCAAUUUUGCAUAUUGGAGUAUCUACCUCGAGGAAGAGGAUCCGGACGAGUCAUGAAAUUGAACAAAUUGAUGAGAGCUUUCUCGCCGUGGCAAUAUAUAUUUGAUUUGUGAUUUCAAUUCAAGAAUUUAAUUAUUAUUAUUUUGAAAUUUUUCUCGGGUCUGUACAAUGUGUCGACUUAUUUGAUAUGAAGUUUUUAAUGAUUUAA